CGCCAUGGUUCCAUACGUAGAAGGAAGCCCCAGUCCCUGUCAUCUGAUCAUGAAGAUUUGGUGGCUCCUUCUGGUUAUGGGUGCAUGCGCAAAGAGUGUGUACUCCCAGGACACCUGCCGGCAAGGGCACUCUGGCAUCCCGGGGAAUCCAGGUCACAAUGGCCUCCCGGGAAGAGAUGGACGAGAUGGCUCCAAGGGUGACAAAGGAGAUACAGGAGAACCAGGACGUCCCGGAGACCCAGGGAAGGAUGGAAUUCGUGGGGAGAAAGGAGAACCAGGAGCAGAUGGAAAAGUUGAAGCAAAAGGCAUCAAAGGUGAUCCAGGCUCCAGAGGAUCCCCAGGGAAGCAUGGCCCGAAGGGAUCCAUUGGCCCUACAGGAGAACAAGGGCUGCCUGGAGAGACUGGCCCACAGGGGCAGAAGGGAGAUAAAGGCGAUGUGGGCCCCACUGGUCCAGAAGGACUGAUGGGCAGUACUGGACCAUUGGGCCCCAAGGGCUUACCUGGUCCGGUGGGCCCCAUUGGCAAACCAGGUCCUAAGGGAGAAGCCGGACCCAUGGGCCCCCAGGGGGAGCCGGGAGUCAGAGGGAUGAGAGGCUGGAAAGGCGAUCGAGGAGAGAAAGGGAAAGUGGGUGAGGCUCCCAGCUUGCCUAAGAGUGCCUUCACUGUGGGUCUCACGGUGAUCAGCAAGUUCCCCCCUCCUGAUGCGCCCAUUAAAUUCGAUAAGAUCCUAUACAAUGAACUGAACCAUUACAACGUGGCGACGGGGAAAUUCACCUGCCACGUGGCCGGCGUCUAUUACUUCACCUACCACAUCACUGUUUUUUCCAGGAAUGUGCAGGUCUCUUUGGUCAAAAAUGGGGCAAAAGUCCUGCAUACCAAGGAUGGUUACAUGAGCUCUGAGGACCAGGCCUCUGGUGGCAUCGUGCUGGAGCUGAAGCUCGGGGACGAGGUGUGGAUGCAGGUGACGGGAGGAGAGAGGUUUAAUGGCUUGUUUGCAGAUGAGGACGACGACACCACCUUCACUGGCUUCCUUCUGUUCAGCAGCUCUUGACACAGUGGACUCUGUACAUGGGCCUCACUGAAGGCUCUGCUGGUGGACAUGGUGCCCCCAGAGCUAGCUCGGGGGCGGUGGGAUGUGACUGUGUCCAUUCUUCCAAUUAUUGCGUCCAUCCUAAAGUGCAGAGGUGGGAAGCUAAGCCUACAGAGUCAGUCAUUCGAACACAUUCAUAAUAAACUA